GUUGCCCUUGUUUUGACCCUAAGAAGGCCUGUGUGGGAAGCUUGUCUCUCAGAUAGAGCAGAAACAUUGCUCUGUAGAAUGUCUGGAGCCUAAGUAUAUUUAAAAAAAAAAAAAGAAAAAAGAAAGAGGAAGAAAGAAAGAAAACCUAAACCCUGAUAAAUAGGGGAAAGGCCCAGUUUUCUCCAGCUGGACAUCAAGGAGCUGAAGUAAUUGCUGAAUCAUAAUAUCCUCCACUUUGCAUGAAAGAGGACAGACUGUAGUUUUGUCUUCUAUCUGCUUUAUUUUUAAAUCCAUCGUUUACUGAAGUGAAUGAAGCAGUGGGAGUUGGACCAGAAUAUGGCAAAUACUUAUGUGACAGUAUCUGAUGGGUACUGUCUUGCUGAACCUAUACAGUAUUAUGAUGUGUUACCAGAACAUAUCAAUUAUGAGCUGCAGGACCCUGAUUACCAAGCGGCACCUUACUGUCAGUAUUCAACUAUCCAGUUUUCUCCAACUUUACAAUCUCUGCCUUCUCAUAGUCACUACAAUGCAUAUAGUCUGGAUUCACAGUAUAAUGAUGGACAAUACAUACUUAGCACCAGUGAAUUAAAUAAGCCCACUUGUAUGGUUACUCAUGAGCCCGAGGAUGGAUAUCCAGGAAUAAAAAGAUCUAAAUUAAAUCAUUCUUCUAUGAGAAUUAAAGGACAAGAAGAACUUUGUGUAGUUUGUGGUGAUAAAGCUUCAGGAUAUCAUUAUAAUGCACUUACCUGUGAAGGUUGCAAAGGUUUUUUUCGUCGCAGCAUCACUAAAAAUGCAGUGUACAGAUGCAAGAAUGGUGGACACUGUGAAAUGGACAUGUACAUGCGUAGAAAAUGUCAAGAGUGCCGUUUGAAAAAGUGUAAGGCAAUGGGAAUGUUAGCAGAAUGUUUGCUAACGGAAGUACAGUGUAAAUCCAAACGACUUCGAAAGAACUUUAAGCAGAAGAAUAGCUUUUUUUGUAACAUCAAAGUAGAAGAAGGAAUAGACAAUAAGCUUGUAUCAUCUACAACUAGAUCUAGAAAACUGGACAGAGUAGAACUAACUCCAGUGGAACAUCAACUCAUUGAUCACAUCGUGGCUGCCCAUCAAAGAUAUACAAUUCCACUAGAGGAAGCAAAGAAAUUACUCCAGGAAUAUGCAAAUCCUGAGGAAAGUUUCUUGCGCCUUUCAGAAACAGCAGUGCUUCAUGUUCAGGUGUUGGUGGAUUUUACAAAGAGACUUCCAGGAUUUGAAAGUUUGGCCAGUGAGGAUCAGAUCGCAUUGCUGAAAGGGUCAACAGUUGAAGCAAUGUUCCUUCGUUCAGCUCAAAUCUAUAAUCAGAAAGUUAAUGAGUGUCUUUCAUCAUCGAGUGGAAAUGCUGUAAGGUUUUCUGAUAAUUCACUAUGUUAUCAUAAUCAGGACACAGAUCAAAGUAUUAUUUAUUCUAUGGAAACUCCUCACAAUGAAGAAAGUCCAACUUCUACUACUACAUCUGGCAUCACUGAAGAUUUUAUUACUGCACUCUUUUACUUCUACAGAAGCAUGGGAGAAUUGAAUGUUACUGAAACUGAAUAUGCUCUGCUUGCAGCAACAACUGUAUUUUUUUCAGAUCGUCCCCUACUUAAAAACAAGCAACAUGUGGAAAAAUUACAGGAACCACUUUUAGGAAUUUUGUAUAAAUAUUCAAAAAUUUAUCAUCCAGAAGAUCCUCAACAUUUUGCUCGUCUCAUAGGAAGACUUACUGAGCUCAGAACAUUGAAUCACAAUCAUUCAGAAGUUUUGAUCACCUGGAAAUCCAAGGACCCUAAACUUAAUAGUUUACUCUGUGAUAUUUGGGAUAUGCACUGA